GCCAAGUGAUACAGUUUGUAGUCUGAAUAAGCGUAAAAGAGAAUCCGUGAGGCAACACCCGGAGAAAUUAACGUGUUAACCGAUACCAGUAUAAAAGAUGAUACAUCAGUGAUGGAGUACCAAUUGUUAAACCUGCAAUCAUGAUCAUGAAACUGAUUAUACUAGUAGCUCUCAUUGCUGGCAUCAGCUAUUCCACUGCUCAUCCGCGCUGCGAUGAUCCGCACGAGGAAUACAAAGUCUGCGGCACGGCCUGUCAAGUCCAUUGCAGUAUUCUGGGCCUGAAGAUGCUGUACAAGUGUCCGGCCGUAUGUGUCGAGGGCUGUUUUUGCCGUGAAGGCUACGUGCGCCAGUUCGAGAAUGGCAAAGGGCCGUGUAUUCGUGAGGAUGAAUGCCCUUGCCCUCCGGAGCCGACUACAACUGAAUGCCCUCCCGGGCAUGAGGGGCACUGAAUAAGUCCAAUUUGAUCGACGGAUGAAAGUUGAUGAAGAUGGCAUUUUUUGUUUUUUGGAGUGUAAAAUUGCAGCAGUGAGAUUAUAAA